AUGGCGCCAAAUCCAUUCGCGGUCAUCGCCGGUGUUGGCCCUGGAACUGGAGCUGCGUUGGCCCGAAGAUUUGCUUUGAGCUAUCCAGUCGUCCUCCUUGCUCGCAAGGAAGAGAGCUUCAAAUCUGUAGUGGCCGACAUCAAAGCCAACGGUGGCUCCGCCGUGGGUAUCGAAACUGAUGUCUCCAUUGAAAGCAGCCUGAGAGCAGCGUUCGAACAAGUGAAAACUAUUUUCGGUAGCGANCAGUGCUUGCGCGGUAAGUGCUGGCAUCGCCCUGCCGCCGUAUUCAACGCCAGUGGGUCGCUCGUCAAAAAACCUUUCCUAGAGCUUUCAGAGGAAGAUUUCACAAAGCCCUACGCGAUCAGUGGCAAAGGAGCGUUCCAUUUUGCGCAGGCAGUCCUGCCCUACAUGCUCAGAUCUGCGUCAGCAUCGCCGAGAUAUCCUCCUACACUCAUCUUCACCGGGGCCACAGGAUCACUCAAAGGGUCCGCUGGCUUCUCAACCUUCGCAUCGGCAAAAUUUGCACAACGAGCGCUAGCCCAGUGUCUUGCCAGGGAGUUUGCACCCCAAGGCGUUCAUGUCGGCCACGUCAUUGUGGACGGCAUCAUUGAUCUACCCGGGAGCUCUGAGCUACUCAAAGAUGCCGGGCCAAAUGCCAAACUAAACAUCGAUGAUAUGGUCACANNGAUUGCCGAGACCUACUGGAACCUACACACCCAAUCCCUGUCGGCUCUCACACAUGAAGUCGAGAUCCGGCCUCAUGUAGAGAAGUGGUAG